UUUGAAGGCAGAGAGCUGAAGGACUUGCCGGGACAUUGCUGGACAGGAGGGCCCUGAAUGCCUAGUCUGAGCUUGUAAACAGGUGCUUGCAGUAAUAGGCGUCAGUCAGUGAGCAGGGAUAUUACUGUGGCAGAGAAUAUUCUGGGAAACUAUGAUUGUUAGAUUCAACCGGCUGAAGAGUGGUCUCUUUCUUCUGGGGACGCUCUUUACGGUGUCCCAACUUGUGCUGUCCGAGGAGGUGCUUCCAGCAGAGAAAGAAGUCACAUUCAGCCAUGUCUACAGGAUUGACUCUGGUUGUAAGCAGAGUUCUCAAGUGGGACAACUUUCCCAGGACCAGGCCUCAGAAGGACAGUUAGUCACAAUGGAUGGAGAGAAUGACAUUGUCUUCAAGCACAACAUACGGCUACAGUCGGCUGGUUGUGGAUGUGCUGACUCUGAGGAUUUCAAAGCCCUGUUGUACCGUGUAAAUGGCCUGGAGGAGGAGGUCACGUACCUAAAAGGCCAAUGCGCUCAGGGCUGCUGCAGAGGAGGGUCAGGUGUGGACACCAGCUGCAGUGGGCAUGGCACGUACCAGCAUGACUCUUGCAGUUGUAAGUGUAACCCAGGCUGGGAGGGUCCAGACUGCUCCAUCUCAUCCUGCCCUGAUGAAUGCAAUGAUAAUGGCCGCUGUGUUGACGGACGCUGCGUUUGCUAUGAAGGCUACACCGGCCAUGACUGCAGCCAGCUCACCUGCCCCAACGACUGCAAAGAUAAAGGCCACUGUGUGGAUGGCAAAUGUGUGUGCUUUAGUGGAUUCUCAGGAGAAGACUGCAGUGUCGCGACCUGUCCGAAUGACUGCAUAGGUAAUGGACGCUGCGUGGAUGGACAGUGCAUCUGCGAUGAGGGAUUCUUUGGAAUCGACUGCUCCACGGUUCUAGGACCAAAAGGCCUCCGUCUGAUCAAAGUCACAGAUGUAUCUCUGCUGGUGGAGUGGGAGUCUGUAAGAGGAGCCGAGUACUACAUCCUGUCCUACUAUCCAAAGGGAGACGAGGGAGCCAUAAAAGAGGUCCAGGUGGAAAACACAAAAAACUCUUACCUAAUCACAGGCCUCAGACCCGGAGUCACGUACAUAGUGCAGGUGUACGCUGUCAUCAGGGGCAUUAACAGUGAUUCUGAUGAGAUAGUGGCUACAACCGAGGUCUCUGGUAUUGAAGGAAUAAAGGUGGUGGGCCAGACAGAGGACUCCAUCCAGGUGGACUGGAAGAACCCUGCGAUCACUGUGGACUACUUCAAAUUGACCCAUUCUAGCCCUGAUGGUCAGGGAGGACAGGAGAAUGUGGCAAUGAGCCAAGAGGCCAAAACCAUGCACACCAUUGUAGGCCUCAACCCAGGAACAGAAUAUCAGAUAGGUGUACAAGUGAUCAAAGGUGAAAUUGAAGGCAAGCCAUCGUAUGCCACAGGGGUCACAGACAUUGAUGCCCCAACCAAUCUGGCAACCAGGGAGGUGACAGAGAACUCCGCAACUGUGACGUGGGAUGGUGUUCGUGCUGAGAUCGAUGGCUAUAUGCUGACUUACAGCUCUGCAGAGGGCACCAGCCGAGAAAUUAAAGUGGCAGCGGACGCUACGUCUUACCAGCUGACCUCUCUGAAGCCAGGAGUCCUGUACACGGUGUUCCUCUGGGCCUAUAAGGGUUCUCGUUCCAGUAGGAAGAGCAUGACUGAGGCCGAGACGGACAUAGAUGCUCCUACUAACCUCAUGACCAAGGAGGUGACAGAGGACUCGGCGUCGGUGACGUGGUACAGGGUGCAGGCUGACAUUGAUGGCUACAGCUCUAUAGAUGGCUUUGGUCAGGAGGUUCGAGUAGGAGCUGACAGCACCAUCUGCAGUUUCACCGGUCUGAAGCCUGGGGGCCCUCGCUCUAGCAAAAAGAGCUCAACAGAAGCAUUAACAGACAUAGAUGCUCCUACUAACCUCUUAACCCGAGAGGUGACAGAGGACUCGGCGUCGGUGACUUGGGACAGGGUGCAGGCUGACAUUGAUGGCUACAUGCUGAGCUACAGCUCUAUAGAUGGCUUCGGUCAGGAGGUUCGAGUAGGAGCUGACAGCACCUCCUACAGUUUCACUGGUCUGAAGCCUGGAGUUCUCUACACAGUCUAUGUCUGGGCUGUGAAAGGCUCUCGCUCAAGCAGAAAAGCCACAACAGAAGCUGAAACAGAGAUUGAUGCACCCAAGAAUCUCAAAGCCAUUGAUGUUCAGACUGAAACCUCCACUAUUACAUGGAAAGCUCCUCAGGCUAAUAUUGAUGGCUACAUCCUGACCUACAGGGCUGAGGAUGGCAGCAUGCAGACUUUGGAAAAAACUUUGACUGUGCAGGACAAUACAUUUGCUCUUUCUGGCCUUGCAAUGGGGAAAAAGUACAUUGUGACCCUUAUUGCCUACCGGGGCUCGAAGAGGAGUAGGGUAGUGGAGACAAUAUUUAGUACAGUGGGUGUGGCCUACCCGUUCCCAAUGGACUGCACUCAGAUUAUGAGGAAUGGAAACAUGGAGAGUGGCAUCUACACAAUCUACAUCAAUAGCAACCGUAGUAGAACCAUGCAGGUGUACUGUGACAUGACGACUGAUGGUGGUGGCUGGAUUGUGUUCCAGAGACGAAACACCGGCAAAUUAGAUUUCAUGAAGCGCUGGAGAGACUAUAUGAAAGGCUUUGGAGAACUGAAAGAUGAAUUUUGGCUCGGCUUGGAGAAGAUCCAUGAGCUGACUAAUACUCCUACACAGUAUGAGGUGCGUUUCGAUUUGGGCAUGGGAUCAGAGCAGAAAUAUGCCGUCUACGAUAACUUCAAAGUAGCACCAUCCAAACAGAAGUUUAAACUUACCAUUGGCAACUACAAAGGAAACGCUGGUGAUGCCAUGACCUACCACCAGGGAGGAUCUUUCUCCACAGUUGAUUCAGACAAUGACAUUGCUCUUGGUAACUGUGCUCUGACUCACCAAGGUGCCUGGUGGUACAAGAACUGCCACCUGGCCAAUCUGAACGGCAGAUUUGGGGAUAACAGACACAGUAUGGGAGUAAACUGGGAGCCAUGGAAGGGGCACCUGCACUCUCUUGACUUUGCGGAAAUUAAGAUCCGCCCAGUGGGCGCAGCGGGCAGACAGAAGAGGUCACUGAAGAGGAGGGUAGCUGUGUAUUAACAAUCACUUGACAAAAACUACAAAAUCAAAAACGUGUGGGAAUUGGAUCCAACCAGGUUAGAAUAGAUCUUCAUAUAAGGAAAGCCACUUUAGAUGUAGAUUAUAUGCUGUGUAACUGUAUUUUGUAUCAUGUUACAAAAGGCAGAUUUUUGAAUAGAAUAGGCUUUAGUUCUUUAAUUUAGUGUAUUACAUAUACACACUGUAUAUGAAAGAAAACUCACAUCACAGUGCCAUUCCUUACUCAAAGGGUGCUUUUCAUAAGUAAGGGCAUAUUGUAUUAUGACCUUUACAGAACCUCUUUUUUUAUUUUAUUACAGUGUUUUGCAACAAAGGACUUUGUACUGUAUGAUAAUUUCAAUUUUUUUAAUGGAUAUUAAUGAUUUUCCCCCAUCAUAAUAUUUGACAAUUAUGAUAACAUUUGAAUGUCAUGCAUAAAAAAGACGUUUUAUAAUAAAGUCUAAGCUAUAAUGUCUUCCAUCUGGAUGUGUACUGUAGUUGUACUAUGAUUCCUGACACAGACACCAAAUUAAGUGUCACAUAUUUUUACAGAAAUAAAGUUUGUUGAAAUAAAAA